UUUUUCAGUUCGUAAGUCGAUCGAUAAACCAGAGAAUCGUAUGCAAGAGCUGAACAUCUGCUUUGAUUUUCAGGAAAACUAUUGCGCCAAUGCACAAAUUAGGUCCAAAAAUGAAGUCGAUGAAUCUCAACACCCCGGAAAGAUGAGUCCAGCUUAGCGAUCACAGCUAAACAAAACCUAUAAACAGUCAUCGAAGUUAGCUUCUUGCAAGUUGCAACUUUUCGCAGUGUCUAGUCAAUUUUUACCAGCGCCGAGGAUAUGACUUCGCUUGUUCCGGCCUCGUUUAACAUCUGUUCCGACGAGUUCGCGAUUUAUCCUUAUGGACUUCCUGCAACGCUUCCCCAGCCAAACAUAAUACUUCGAGUGGAACACCAACAGUCACUAGUUCCCCAGAAUGGACGACAAGCGCCGCAUCUCCCACCGGCUGGGUCACAAUCACUCCACGAAACUCUUAAACCGGGUACCCAUAACGAACGAUAUGGGGCCCCACCUUUUCUUUCCACAGUAAAACUUUUGAGGGAGCGACUUUUCUAUCUCGGCGGAAAAGAAGAUGAUGAGAGGAAAGAGCUAAAAUCUAAUAAGCUGUGGGAAAGUGAAAUCAGAUUCUGUCACGGAAGCGUAAGUAUCAUGAACCGACAAAUGAUCUCUGCAGUGAUCUGUUCUGAAAUGUUUUUGCGUGUUUUGUAGCUGACAUAGCGAAUAGGUCAAAUCCCAAAAUAUAACUGAAUCAACGACUGGAUGUGGAUUCAUUUUUCUUUUAUUUUUGUUAGUAGGACGCAGUUCAGAACAGAUCACCGUAAUCGUAAUUUUUGUUUGUACUGUGGACUCAAAGAAUAGCAAUUGUAGUGAUGUCCCGAAAAUAAAUCACGCCAAGUGAAAUAACGGGCGCGCGAUCUGGGGAGGGGGAAGGUGGCGUCGACGCUUACCUUAUACUGGCUGCGGUCACUUCUACGACGUAACUAAAUUUUAGUGUCAAGUUACGUGAUGUCAUACUUAACUGUAGUUAGUGCUUUCGGUCGACAUUGCGGUCACACCACGUAGUUAACAACAAUUAGUUCUAAUAAGCCUAUGCAAAUUUUUUGGUUUCCCCCUCGCUUCACGCUUGGUUUUUAUUUUGCAUAUUUAUAUAAUUAUGCUCACCUCUCGCGUGCGAAAAGAAGUGUCACAUUCUGGUUGGUUGUUUGUUUGUAAACUUAAGACUAACCCCCGAACCCUGCUUGGGUAUAACUAUAGUUAGUCUGUAUUGUUUUGGAUCCGAUAACGAGGCGUAAAUUUUCUAACUAUAGUUAGAGCGGACAGAGAAGCGGUCGCAUUGCCGAAAUAGCUAACUAUAGUUUAGUUAUCCCUGUCUUAUCUAUAGUUAGUAACCCAUAUGUGACCGCAGCCACUGUCUGGUUGUGUUGAGCGGGGGGGGGGGGGGGUGGGACAACAAUGUGCGCACACAAACUGUUUAAAACACAAAGGUGGCAGUCAAACAAAUAAGCGUAAUAAUCUACUGCACUGAUCAGUCUCUAUGAUUGGUACGCUGUGUCACGCUGAACAUUAGUAUUACACAGGCAUUACCACUAUGACCAGCCUUGUCUACCACCGCAUGAUUUCAGUAUGAACACCCCACACUGACGUACUGUAGUUUUUUUUCUUCUUGUUCUUGUUUAUUGUCCCCCCUCCCUCCUCGCACCACUGAUAUGACUCCUCCCUGUUUCUAAUCCUAGAUGUCAAGGGGGUGGGGGAGGGGGCUACAGAUAUCACCCAAGAAGGCAACUUGUAUCCUGUUAAGUUUCAAUUUUGCAGAAACUGCAACACUACAAGGUGGUGGCAAAAUAUUCAAGACGAUGUUUUGCUUUAGUUGAGAAGAUCGACGAGCAAAUUAAGCAAGGCAAGACGACGAUAACAAGAUCGAAAGAAUUAUCACAGGCUCUCUUCUUAACCUUAUAUGGACGUUCCGAGGCGGAAAAGUAUAGCAUUCUGGAAAAACUUGCAAAUCAAGAAAUAAAGGUUUCCGAAAUCAAGAAAGUAAGUAGACAAAAUUUUUUAUUUUGGUUUUAUUUUCUUUAUUUUUAUUUUGAAAAAGGGUAGGGGCGCCAAAACAUGAGGGAGUCCCUCUGCUUAUCAUCAUUCCCCUCAACCUCGUUCCCAGGGUUCUCUCAGAGAACCUUGGGAACGAAGUUGCAUUCCCUUGCCUUCUGAUCCUAAAAAAAACGCCACAUUAUAAUAUUGCCAGAUAUUACUUUGUUUCCGCUAUGCUUUCGUCAGGGUGAGCCAGCGUUUUGGGGGCAUACGGUAUAUUUGGUUUUUGUUUGGUUGUUUCAAAUUAUUUUAAAUACUGUAUCAUACACCUUUUCCAGAUUGGGAUGCUUGGAAAGAAAACUAAGGGAAUUUAGGGUACAUUGGCUAAUGUCAUACUAUUAGUCCCUUGGUCAACCCCGCUGUUUUGUAGUGCGUGAUCUUUUCAUGUGAUGAUUUCUAGUCAUUUUUAGCAAAUUUUUCUAUUUUCAGUUUUUUCCCUCUAAAGAUUCCGAGCAAACCAGUUCUGAAGAGCAAAGAAGUAUAGCAGCGGUAAUUCAGGUUCGUUUACAGGUCCUUUCUCUCCAAAAUAGCCGCUAAAACACAGAAAGGUCAAAAUAUCUUUUAGUAAAAUUAUAAUGAUCGUAAGAGAUAAAUCGUGCUAAAGUUAUGUUAAUGAGGUUUAAUCCUGAUGACAACACCAUAGGAUUUUGUCCACAGCUUUUUUGAAUUUAGAGUGACAAAUAAUCACAGCCUGACCUGGUCUAAGAGCGAGGAUGAGUCGGGUAAAAUAUAGUAAAGCUACUAAACGAUCAACUUAUUUCAGAAGCAUGGCUUCCCGUUGUUGCUUUCUUUUAGCUUGAGCGAGACAACAAGAAAUUACAUGAGCAGAUCGAACGGCUAAGGGGCAAUAUAAAAGAGGUGUGUAUAACAGUAGGCAUGAUCUUGUUCGCGCGCGCUCAUUUCCCGAGCAGUGGCUGUUAACCGAGCCUAGUGUAGCUAGCCAUUCACGUGGUACAAAACCACCAUACUGGAGAGCAAGGGUCACCGCACUGGGACAAACAAAAGGCAUACACAGUAAUUUUGAAAUGGUAAUUUCAUUUGUUUGUCUUGUCCCAGUGCUACUUUUGUUCUCCAGCAUGGCGAUUUUGUAGCACGUGAAUGGCUAGCUGCAAAGGGCUCAUUGUUGAUAAAGCUUAACUAAAUAAUAGGGCAUGGACAAAAAAAUUCUGAUAAGUUAUCUAUUGUUGUUACUUGGUCCAACACAGCAGUUAGUUUGAAAAGUUGCAGUUGUUAUUUUUUUUUGUUUCUCAUUGGAAAAAUUGUUUUAUUUAAGUUGAAGUUGACUAGCAUCGUCUUCAAUCCGCAGCUCGAAAAACUUCAUCCAUAUACUUAGAGAAUAAACCUCUAAAAUAUAAAUGGAAAAAAGGAAGGAACUGAAAUAUCGCUGAAAAUAUCACAUGCGCCAUAUCGUUUUAGUAAACUGACGUCAAUCGCUCGUGUGAGAUUAAUAAGCUCGACUGGUAAAGCACCUGUCUGUACGACAGCGGAAGGUACAGGUGCAAUUCCCGGCUCUGGGCCAAGCGGGACGAGGACGGGAAACGCGAAAUAGGAGCGGGGCCUGAGAAGUCCCCCCCCCCCCCCCCUCGCUUCCAUUUUUUCCCUCCUUUUCACCCCGUGCCUUCGCGCGUCUCCUGUGCUUCUCCCGAUUGGGCCAAAACAGUACUCAAAGUCUUUAAAGAUCCAGAGAUGAAAAUACUGCCUGUACCCUGCCUGGUCGGACCUUCGCGUGGCUCGGACGGCCACGCAGACUUGGCGAUCUCAACACGGGCGACUGGGAUGGUUAAAACACUUCCCUCAAUCAGCAGUUUUGCUCUAAAUACCUUGACAUUUAAUUAAAAAUGUUUUCUCUGCGUUUUGUAGAUAAGUGAUCAAUUGAUGGUUGCAGAACGCGAGAACGAGAGGCUGACCGAGGAAAUAAGGAAAUAUUUGAAAAGAAAGCUAAGAAAGGUAGCUAUCAUACUACAGGCUAUAUUUUAAGGACAUUAAUUUCGCGCGAAGAUCGUAUAGCAUUACUGAUCCCUAUGGUAAAAACUGUAAACCAACGAUUGGUUUUAAACCAGGCUUCCAUGAACUUUACCCAAGCUUUAUUUACUUCACCUUUGUCAUUUGUUACGUUUGCCUAGUGUUGUUGUAGUGGUCUUGUGUGUACUUAGGAUAAAAAAAAUUCGCUUUGAGGAGAUGUGGAACUGUGUUUUCAAUUUUAUUAGUUAGUUCCGUGUGCAUUUUUAAUUCCAGUUUUAUUUUUUAAUAGCGUGGUAAUGUAACAAGGAAAAGAAAGCGAACCACAAAACAGUCUUCUCCAGUGAAAAAGGUAAGUUUCUCGAAUAGGUUUUUAGAGACGCUGGCACUUAAUAGCAACCUUAAUUACUUUACCAUAGUUGAGUGAUAUAUAUAGAGAGCGUUUUCACAUGACGUCACAAUGCGCCAAAUUGACGUCCUAAAACAAUGAAACGGCGGCCGGUCAUGGGGGUGUCCUAAUUCAUCCCCGUGGGAACUGAACCUUUUUUAAAAAAACUCUCUUUUUUCUUGAUAAUAUUGCGUAGCUGCAGGCCACGUGCGCGAAAAGGAUCUCUAGUCUUUUGCUGACCAAACGCGCAGAUUGACCAUGAUGGUUUAAAAGCUUUAUUUUCAGAAUGUUCGCCUCAUCUCGGCGAUAAUAGAGAAUUAUUGAUCAAGGUAUAGACGGCUCUGAGUUUUUGAGGUUUAUCUUCAAAACAGUAGUUAUUUAUUGCAAUCAACGCAAGUUUGUUUUCUCUUUAGAAAACAGUACGCAGAGCAAAGAUGGCCUCCGAUGAUGAUGACGACGAGGACGACGUUGAAGAUGUUAGUGAUGAUGGUGAUGAUGAUGAUGAUGAUGAUGAUGAUGACGAUGAUGAUGAGGAUUAUAAUGUUGAUGAUGAUGAUUACAGUGGUGAUGAUGAUGACGGUGAUAAUGACGAUAACGAACUGAAUGAAAGUAAAGGUGAAGUUCAUGACGAUGGAGAGGGAAAUCAAAAGACCCUUUGGAUUAUCCCAUGUAAGUUCCUUUUUUUCUCAUCAUGUAACGCAUUUUUCUAAGGUUCAAAUUCCUUCUCCUAUGGCUGCUGGGGAUGGGGUGAAGCGAGCAUUAGUGAGCUAAGCAUGAAGAUAUGAUACGGAUAAAACUGUAAUGGGAGAAAAGUCCAUUUCAGCUUGCUCUUACUUGAGGAAUGAAAGCCUUAGUGGACUCUAAGUUUGAAAAUCUCUAUAAAUUUUUAGGUUUACCUUAAAGACAAGUCUUUUCUACCAAGAAUAAAAGGGACUACUGCAAAGUCGGGGAUGACGAACAAACUGGAUAUCUGAUUUGUGAGAUGAAUCAAACCGCUACCAAGGCUCUUCGUCAGUUGAAGACGCCGCCAUAA